CUAACGGCUAACUACGGAGCAACCGGUCGAUUCAAGUAACACCAUAACAAAUGCGUGUCAAACCGUCUUAAUCUGACCAUAAACACAGAGAACGGAAUCUACCUGUGAAAAAAUGAUGUGUAUAUAUACAACGGAAAGACUGUACCAUACACGCUGUGAUUGCAUGCGCAAGUAUGGCUGACUUGAGUGUUCUUGCCCAUGGAAUUCCACUGAAUCCGCUUCCAGCAUGGAGGCCACGCGAUCCGAACAUCGCGCAUGCACCGGCAUUGAAACCGCAGUUGACCCAGAUGGAAAAGAGAAUGGCAGUGGCCAAUGCUCUACGCUACAUUCCCGCCAAAUUUCACGAGGAGCUGGCCACGGAAUUUGCAGCGGAACUGGCCACUCACGGACAUAUCUAUAUGUAUCGAUUUCGUCCAGACCCUAUCUUGCUUAAGGCUCAGCCAGUCAGUCUCUAUCCGGCCACAUGCGUCGAAGCAGCGGCAAUUAUGUUGAUGAUAUGCAACAAUCUUGACAGACAGGUUGCACAGUUUCCGGAUGAGCUGGUCACAUAUGGUGGAAACGGUCAAGUCUUCUCCAACUGGGGACAGUUUUGGUUGGUUAUGAAAGCACUUAGCAAGCUCAGUCGAAAACAAACGUUGGUUCUGUAUUCUGGACAUCCACUUGGCACAUUCCCAAGUCAUAAAUGGGCUCCCCGCUUGGUUGUUACCAAUGGGAUGCUUGUCCCAAGACCUGGACUGGAACAAGGUUACCAAAAGCUUUUUGCGCUGGGUGUCACCCAAUAUGGUCAAAUGACAGCCGGAUCCUUUUGCUACAUUGGACCGCAGGGUAUUGUUCAUGGAACCACACUGACAAUUAUGAGUGCAUUUCGAAAACGCUAUGGAAUUGACGGGAAUGAUACAGGAUCAUUCAAAGGACGAGUUUUCCUCAGUUCCGGACUCGGUGGAAUGAGCGGUGCGCAGGCAAAAGCCGCUGUGAUCGUCGGAUGCGUCGGCGUGAUUGCCGAGAUUAGCGAGGAAGCACUGAACAAACGUUUUGCGCAAGGAUGGCUCACCGAAAAGGUUACCGAUUUGGAUAAGUUGGUAAAACGGAUAAGAGAAUGCCGUGAAGCGAAGAUGGCUAUCAGCAUCGGUUACCUGGGUAAUAUUGUGGAUGUCUGGGAGCGACUGUUAAAGGAGUACCAGCGCACGGGUGAACUACUUGUGGAUGUAGCAUCGGACCAAACAUCAUGCCACAACCCAUUCCACGGAGGCUAUUAUCCUUGUGGAUAUACUUAUGAAGAGUCAAGAGAACUGAUGUCCAGAGACAACGAAGCAUUUCAAAAGGCCGUAAAGUUCAGUCUGAGAAAGCAGGUGAACGCAAUUAACCAAAUGGCGGAAGCCGGUGUGUACUUUUUCGACUAUGGUAAUGCAUUUCUACUACAAUCCAAAUUGGCGGGGGCCGACCUGGAGCCGACGGAAGAACAACUGGCUGAGGCCAAUAGAAAGCGCAUUAGAAAAGAAUUUCGAUACCCGUCCUAUUUUCAGGAUAUCAUGGGUGACAUUUUCUCAAUGGGAUUUGGACCCUUCCGCUGGGUCUGUACGUCUGGACUUCCAGAGGAUCUCAAGUUAACGGACAAGUUGGCUGAGGCCGAGCUGGUAUGCUUACUGGCCCAAGAAGGUUUGCCACAGCCAAUUAGGCAGCAAUACUUGGAUAAUUUAAACUGGAUCCGAAAGGCCGAUGGUCACAAAUUGGUCGUUGGGUCACAAGCACGAAUCUUGUACUCAGACGAAGCAGGACGCAUUCGGAUUGCGAAGGCUUUUCACGAAGCGGUGAGAAGCGGAAAACUCAACGGACCUGUGGUACUAGCUCGUGAUCACCACGACGUGAGUGGAACGGAUAGCCCCUAUCGGGAAACAGCAGAUAUCUACGAUGGUUCAGCUGUGUGCGCGGAUAUGUCUGUUCACAAUGUUAUUGGAGGAGCGAUUAGAGGUGCCUCGUGGGUAUCGUUACACAACGGUGGUGGAGUUGGCUGGGGUGAAGUAACGAAUGGAGGAUUCGGACAUGUACUAGAUGGGACAGAUGAAUCGAUAAAGAAAGCGUGUCGAAUGUUGUCUUGGGAUGUGACAAAUGGAAUGGCAAGAAGAGCCUGGGCCGGGCACCCGCUAGCUCGUCUGGCACUGGAGUACGCUCCGGAUCGAGAUAGAGUUGCAUCCGAGGAUCGACCGGAUGUGUUAAUGCCUGUGCUAGUAAAUGAUGCCAAUCUUCUUGAUCGGGCAUUGAAUGCGGCUUACAAGGGAUAACACGGCAAGAGCAUCGAGGUUUGAUUCCAACCUGAGUAGCAAUUUGCUGUGACUUCUGAAGUUUCUUUUGAUGUGGUGCUGAAGCACGUGUUUGCUUGCAGGCAAUUGCGGGUUCAACAGUAUCUAAUUUACCCAACCGAAGUUAACAUCACAGAGCAAUUUGUAUUAGCUUCGUUGAACUGCUGUGCAUAUGGAUAAUGGAAAUAACUUAUAGUAUAAUGUAGCCGACACGUUGCUUUUUAUGAACACAGAAGAAAGGAAAAACACUAAACAAACAGUAUGUUAGAUAGAGGAUGGAC